AAGACCAGAGAAACUCGAACAGACGAAAAACUAAAAAUGUCACUAGGAAAAAUAUCAAAAUUUUCAAGGUUAUGUUGUUCCUGUGGAGUAACCAGACAAUUCCAUACAAAUUCUAAUCCACUUUUGUUUUACACCACUCCAAACCUCAGUGCUGAACCUAUGAAAAGAAGGAAAAAAGUUGAUCUUUCAAAAGUAAUACAAUCUACUCAACUGAAAAUAAGAAAAAUGGAAAGAGAAAUGAGAAAAAGAGAAGAGAAAUUUGGAAGAACUCUCAAGCCAGUUGAAGAAAUUACAGGCAACAUUGCACUAAGGAGAAAUAGAGAUAAAUUAAGAAGAGAAUUUGAACCAUUAGAAAUAGAGGAAAUAGAAAGGAGAGCUCUUUUAGUAAAGGAAUGGGGACAUUAUAAAAACCAACAAUACCAUACAGAGGAUAAAGCUUUACAGAAGGCAAUACAUGUUCAAACUAAAGCUUUAAAUGAACUUAGAAUGGAGUCAGAAGAAUUGUAUCAAAAAGCAAAACAGAUCCAUGAAGGUGAUAUUGUUUAUCAGUUUAAUGGUCCCACAGAAACACCUCCUCCAGAUGACUUUGACUCACCUGAUGGACAAUAUAUAGAUACAAGUAGAAAGUGGUAGAAUUUAUUUCAAUAAAAAAUAGGAAAAAAGUGGUUUAUUAUUUAUUGCACAAAGAAAAAUGUUUAAAAAAAAAACACAUGAUACUGAUUAUUGAUACACAAAAGGAUAAUAUGAAUUUCCAAAAAUAUUGGACAACUGAACAGACCAUACAGACCACAAAAAAAUGGAACAGUUAUGAAAAAAAAUAUACGUACAAAGACAAACGACACAUAAUUCAGAUAGCUUGAAUUGGUAUAGGCACAAAAUGAGGUGAGAUUAAACCAGUUUAAUGUAUGUACAACAUGUGUUCAUGUUUCUGGAAUUACCUUCACAUUGGAAAGACUUGAGGCCAAAAGUUUUACAAGCCAACAAAAUGUUCAAGAGCACAAAAACUGAAAGGACAGAAAAAGAACAGUAAAACUGUCUAUGGUUAACUUUGCGAGAGGGAGUUUUAACUUUACCGUAGUUUACAAAUGUUUUAUUAGAUAAAACCACAUUAAACAACACCCGUAUAUUAUCACAAAGUAAUGAUUUUAUUUUGGUCUAAAUGUUUUGCCAGAAAGAGUGGUGUCUUCUAU